CUAGCAAGAAGAGCACCCGGAGGUUGUAUUCAGUACUCGUGUGAUUAAUUCGUUACUUAAAGAUGUAUAUGUUUCUUGGUAAUUAAAUAAUUCUGUAUGCGUAUAUUCAUAUCAAUUACUUUUCUAUAUCAUGAAAUAGAUAGCCACGCACAACCCUACACCUCUAUCGCAAACAUCUUGAGCAUGGCAAGAAUGGGCGUGGUCUCCCUCGGCCUCGCGCUACUCCUCCUGCAGGCGAGGCGCGCCCUGUCCUCGGGCUCGCCCUCGCCCGUCGGCGUCACGCAGCAGCCGGAGGGACCGAGCCAGAAGCCCCUCGACGCGACAUCCGCUUCCAACGGCUCCAGACCCACCGGCGCCUCCCACGAGCCAGAGACGGAGGCGUGGGGCGUCUCGGCGAGGCUCUCGGAAGAGAAGGCGGAGCUGGCUGACGUCAUCCUCAAGGUCCUGACACGCAAUCGGGAGGAAGCGCCAGCGAUCGCUCCGGGUCAGGCGGGGUCCCGCGGCGCCGAAGGGGGCAGCGAGGCCUGGUGUGGCGUCCUGCUCGCCGGUGAGGCGCCUCCACGCAAAGAGUCCGCGCCGGAAAUGGCCGAGAUCCUGCGCGGGGUUGCGGCGGCGGCGUGCCACGCCCUCCAGCGCCUCGACGGCCUCAAGGACCGCUUCAUGGACGCCACCGCCCCCAACCUGAGCUGGGGCGACAUGAACAGCGACCAGGGAAUCUGCGAGGCUCACAUCGCGGACUCCCCUUCGGCGGACGGCCUGGGGCUGACGGAGGGCCUGGUACAGCUGUACAGUCUGGUGCAGCGCCGGGCGGUCCUUAUGGGCGACGCAGCGCUCGAGCAGGUCCCGUUUACGGGCCGCGGAUUCGUCUGCGCCAGCGGAGCCUUCCGCGCCGACUUCAGUGGCAUGGCCGACGACCUGGAGGCGGUGCUGGACCACCUGCACGCGGGCGUCCUCGCGGUGGGCGACGGCGUGGACGAGGCCGUGACCGCCGAGCUGACCCGCCAGGUGUUCGGCUUCCCGGCGUCGAGCGAGGGCGGCUGCCUGCUCGACUUCUGCGCCCUCCGAGGUGCCGACGACGCCCUCAGGGACGCGGUCGACUUCGCUCUCGACAACAUGUGAGGGCGGCUCGGCUCGGAUACUCAUGCUGUUGUGAUUACGCGCUUCUUGUCUUUAUUUGUUACUUUGUGAAAGUGUGUAGGAUUUCAAGCCUCUUUAUGAAUUUUGUAUCAUUUGUGUUAUGGCCUGUGAGACAGGGUGAUUUGGUAAAGCUACCAUGUCAUUAAUACGUCUUUAUUUAUGAAGAAGCUUGUACUGAUUAAGAGGAGGAAUUUCUUAAUAAACUGACGAAGUAUCUGA